CAAAAGUUUAAAAAACACACGUCAAAAUUUUACCAAGAAACAAGAGAAUAGGAAGGAAAACGAAAAGAAAUAAAAAUUAAAUUUAAUUAUUUAAUAUUUUAGCAAAACGUUCAAGAAUUUUUGUAAUUAUUCCAUAAAGUUUAAAACAUAAAUAUAAAAUAACUAAAUAAACAACAACGCAACAUUUUUACGACAACAAAAAGUGUCUUUCUUAUUUUUUUUUAUCAAACAAAAACAACGAAAAAACUCCAACCCAAAAAAACCUCUUCAAAAAGCCCAAUUAAUUAGCUAAAGCACAGCAAAAAUAUUGUGCUAAAUAUUAAAAAAAGAAUUAGAAAAACGAAAAAUCAUGGCAAGUUCAACAACAGGUCCUACGAAACAAGAAAUUGAGGCAGUUUUUGCACGUUUAAGAUCACAGGCAGCGAACAAGGCGUGUUUCGAUUGUGGUGCCAAGGCCCCCACCUGGUCUACCGUUACAUAUGGCGUUUUCAUUUGCAUCGAUUGUUCUGCCGUUCAUCGCAGUUUGGGUGUCCAUUUGACUUUUGUGCGUUCCACAAAUCUAGACACUAACUGGACUUGGCUGCAAUUGCGUCAAAUGCAAUUGGGCGGCAAUGCAAAUGCUGCUCAAUUCUUCCGUCAACAUAAUUGCACCACUACGGAUGCUCAGCAAAAGUAUAAUUCACGUGCUGCUCAAUUGUAUCGCGAUAAAUUGGCCGGUAUGGCUCAACAGGCCAUGAAAAUACAUGGUACAAAGCUUUAUUUGGAUAAUCAAUCAGAAAAAUUGGAAAAUAAUGAUAAUGCCAAAGAAGAGGAAGAUUUCUUUGCCCAAUGCCAUAGUGAUAAUAAAGAUGCAUUUUUCGAUAAUAAUACUAGCGAUAGCAAUAAUGCGCAAAAGAUCGAUUUACCUGUCAAGACUUUAACGCCGUCUACCAAUGACAAACCCACCGCUGCUGAUACUUUAACCGGUGCUCCUAGUGUAGAUUUAUUAAAUUCGGUAGUACCACAACAAACCAUGACUUCCUCAAUAGGAGUACGCAAAAUACAACCCAAAAAAUCUGGGUUGGGUGCUCGCAAAACAGGCGGCUUAGGUGCUACUAAAGUUAAAACAAAUUUUGCUGAAAUCGAACAACGUGCCAAUAUGGCUAAUCAAUUAAAAGAUGCUCCAAUUGUGCCUGACAAACCUUUAACCGCUGAAGAGGAACUAGAAUCUGUGGCUAGCAUGCGUUUGGCCUAUCAGGAUUUAUCGCUGAAACAAUCGCAACAGGAAAACAAAUUAAAGUCUAUCGAUCCCGUUAAGGCUAAACAAAUGGAACGUUUGGGCAUGGGCUUUAAUUUGAAAGGAAACGCCGACAUUUCCCAUUCCGUUUUAAGUGACAUGGAGACUAUACAACAAGCUCCGGGACCUAAAAACUCCAAUAAUUCUUCAUCGACUCUAAACAAACUGUCGGCCUUCGAUAAUGAUAGCUUCUUCAAUGACUAUUCGACUAGCAUGUAUGUGGUAGCGGCAAGCAAUAGCGGUACUGGAGCUAGUGGACUUUCCUCCAACAGUGGCAGCAGUUAAAAUCGAUACUAACAUGAAUUGGAAAUGAUGGGUUUUGAAACCAUAGAACCUAUUGGCUCAACACACUCCAAUAUUACAUCAAUGUUUGGUGGUGCUGGCGGUGAUGGUGCCGAGGCAAAACCUAAACCCAAAACAACGUUGCCUUCUUCCACCAGCUAUGACAGUAGUUAUACGCGUAAGACGAGCUCAUCACAACAGAAAAGCUCAAAUAAUUAUGAAGAUAAUGCGGCUCAAAAGAAAUUCGGUAGUGCUAAAGGUUUCGGUUCAGAUCAGUACUUUUCGGAUAGUCAAUCACAACCGGAUAUUAGUGCAAAUUUGUCUAGAUUCCAGGGUUCAAGAGCCAUAUCAUCUUCGGAUUACUUUGGCGAUGGUAGCAGUCAACAACAAGGUUCCAGAGGCUACAAUACUGCGGUUGCCAAUUUCCAAACUCCUGAUUUAGAUGAUGUUAAGGAAAGUGUACGCCAGGGUGUUCAUAAAGUAGCUGGACGUUUGAGCUCUUUGGCCAAUGAUGUUAUGUCUUCUUUACAAGAUAAAUAUGGUUACUGAUAGUGUUUACUUUUGUUGUUUUCUUAUAAACAUUUCCGUUUCUUUUACUAAUUAAUCUACAUUAAACAAAUUUCCAUUUUACUCUCUCGUUUUUCGUGUUUUUCCAAAAAUAUUUAAUUCAUUUAAGAUUAUUUUCUUUUUGGUAUUUAGUAGAAAAAUUAUUA